CCUUUAGAGAUAAUUGCUCGAUCAUUCCAUUAUAUAUGGUUCAUUUUGCAAGUAGUCUGCAACAAGUAUUGGGUAUACAUUGCUCACAAAGAUAUUGUUUUUUAAAAUGAAUUCUAUAGAAGUACAUGCACCUAUUGCAAAUGGUGUGCCACAAUCAGCUCAUUUAUCCAGGACAGUGACACGAACGAAGAAAGUUCCAGAAUUACCUCUGCUGGAGAACCGUAACUGGCUGAUCCAUCUUCACUAUUCUAGGAAGGAGUUUGUUAUAUGUAAAAUUUUACUUCAAGAAGAGUUAGAAAAGAGCAAUGGAAUGUGUGAAUAUGCGAAUUAUGUACAGGGUCUUAUCUUGAGGCAUGAAGGGAAGAUUCAGGAAUCUCUUGAAUAUUUUCAGACAUGCCAUACUCUCAACCCAAGAAAUGUAAACAAUAUCAAAGAAGUGGCCCGCUCUCUUUAUCUCCUUGGACGACAUGGAUUGGCCAUAGAAGCCUACCUGGAAGCAGAGAAUGUAUCCAACAAACCAGACUGGGAUAUUUAUCACAACUUGGGUACUUGUUUGGUUCAUGUCAAUGAGCACAGAAAAGCCAAAGAAUAUUUACUGACUGCCAUUCAACUGAGCCAUCAAGAGGCCUCUUAUGUGGAGCUUGCCAAGAUCCAUCUUCUUGAAAAUGACAUUGAAGGAGCAAUUGGAAUUUAUAAUGCAGCUUUAGAGUGGUAUCCAGACAGCUCUAAGCUGGCAACCUCAUUGGGAUUGUUAUACAUGACAACUGGACACCACCAACGUGCAUUUGAGAAGCUUGGCUCUGCUCUUGCACAUGACCCAAUGUGUACCAAGGCCUUAUUGGCUGCUGGUUUUGUUAUGCAGAAUUAUCAGGAUUUUGACAUUGCUCUAUCCAAGUAUAAAAUAGCUGCACAGUUCCUACCUGAGUCAAUUUCCCUUUGGAACAAUAUUGGAAUGUGUUUCUUUGAAAAGAAGAAAUAUGUAGCUGCUAUUAGCUGCCUUAAAAGAGCAAACUACUUAUCACCAUUAGACUGGAAGACUUUGUAUAACCUGGGACUUGUUCACCUGACAACAAAACAGUAUGCAUCUGCUUUCCAUUAUCUGUCAGCAGCAAUCAACCUGCAGCCAACUUCUGCAAAGACCUACAUGUUGCUUGCUUUGGCAUUGAAGAACCUUGAUGAUCCUGAUAAUGCCCAUCAUGCAUUUGAACAGGCAGCAAAGCUUGACCCUAAUGACGCAGCUGUGGCUUUGAAUUAUGGAGUACUUUUGAAUUCAGUUGGAGAAAGAGAAAAGGCAUCAGCCCAGUUGCGGCAAUUUCAGGAACUUGCAGAGAGAGGUUCAGGACUUGACCAAGAGUUGUUAGAGGCAGCACAAAACUUGAGCUUGAGCUUGACAAAAGUGAAUAAAAAUUAUCUGGAGACAGAUGCUAAUGAAAAGUGCAAAGAGGAUGAGACAAAUGAUGCUGAUAAGGUGAAGAAUGAUGGUGAAGGUUCAGUGGAUACACAUGAGAUGGAUCCUGAUGAAGUGUGAAGGUACAUUCACAUGUUGAUAUUAUCUGUAAACAUUGUUAUUGGUGCAUUUUUUGUUCAUUAACCAUUCUCCUUGAGGGAAUUUACAUUCCAGAAUAUCCUGCUCCAGGUAAAGUAUCCACAAUCCUGUCAUUUAAAAUCAACAGAUUUCCACAUUUCCUUAAUCACUGACAAAUAAAUAAAUCUAGUUGACACAUAUACCAAACAACUGCCUGGACUUUCAUCCUGCAGGCAGUGCAAGUAGAAGAAAAUUAUUGCAACAUUCUAGAAGACAGCCAUCAUCUUGUUGCUGUGAGAACCUGAAAUUUCACCAAGAAGAUUAAUGUUAAUGCACUUUGUUUCUGAAGAUCAUCAGUUGCUUCUCUGACUGAUGGCAUAGCAGCAGCUUACAAAUAACAAAGACCACACUAAUUUCUGGUGACCAUAACAGUCAUACACAUGGUUGCAUAUGUUAAAAGAUGGCAAAGCAUUUACAGUCUGGUUUUGGUUAUAUAUAUGUUAUUGAAAAUAAAUAUAAACAUAACAAACUGAGGUGAUAUGGUAAACUAGCCAUAGAUUUACACUGCAUGGUAGUGAAAAGGUUGAAUACAAUUUGCAUUAUGAGAACUUAACUAAUCUGUGGUUUGUUGUAAGUUAGAGAGUGGUCUCAAACAAGUUUUAGCAGCUGUCACAAAGUAGUAGGACAGUAUUAUAACUUUCUAGUCAUAAUUUUAUAUACAUGUUAUUUUUUCUCUUUUUCUUUAUAUUAAUUUGAUAAAAUGUAUCUUGUAAAAAGUAUCAGUAAAAACUGAAACAACAUGUGUCAUAAAUCAGGUGAAGUGUAGAGAUUUAAAUAAUUUAGUGAAUACCACAACAUUAUCUGUUCUUGAGAAGCUAACAGUUAUGCCUCAAGUCAAAUAUUCCAUAUUGUAUGGAACCUGAGGACUCAUUACUGUGACAUUAACCAUUUGACAAGUAUGAACAUACCAAUAUGAAUGUAGAAGUACAUUUUUCAUGUCCUUAUAGACUGUGAUUGUGCAGCUGAUCUUUACUUUGUUUUGAACUGUAAGCUCCUGACAUCUGCUGGAGACUAAUUACACUAAGAUCUCUGUUGGUUUCUUUGUGUCUGUAUUGCAAACAUAAAGGUGUAAAACAUGCUGUUUCUGGGUGAACAGUGUUAUUUGGAGGCCUCAUCAAAUUGUGACUCUUGUGUAUAACACAAAAUUAUUUGAUCUUCUGAUGGAAAAGUGGCAUAAGUUAUGUGAAUUUAUUAUGAGAGGAAAGAAACUCAUUUUAGCAGUG